AUGACUCUGCGCGUCCACGUUUGUCUUCGGGGCCACCCCUUGCCCAAAACACCGCGCAGGGUAGCAGUCAGACAACAGACGGUGCAGAGGGACCUGUGCAGCGCCAUGAGCGCUGGGGCUGUGCUGUCGUAUGGCUCGGCCAGCCUGUGGGAGAAUACGGUCCCCGAGGCAUCGGAGACCUGCACUACGUUGCCGCUGUUUGCACCGAGCGCUGUCACAUCGAGCGGCCAAGGCCAACGAAAUGUUUGGCUGCUCCCUGGUUACUUGGGCUUUUUGGAGAUGGAUGCGAGGUUGUCUCGCUCCGGCAGGCUGGUGCGAGGCUCGGACGUUAAGAUGGACAUGGCACGGUCAGGAGAUGACAAGACAUCAUGGGUCCCUGCUCGCUGCGAGGACCUGACUCUGGGUGCACAACGGCUCGCUCCGCGGCUCUGGCAGCCCAAGGAGAAAGAGGGCUCCGGGAGCCCGGCAGAACUCGGGGGUCCCUGGAGACUUCAAACUGACAGGCCCAAGUGGGUGCGAGCGUGGACGCUGGUGUCCGUCCGAGCCGGGCUGCAGGCAGGAGAGCUGCCCGUGAAGUCAGACACCUUACUCAGUAAAAACAAAUGGGCCCAGGAAACACACGGAGCCUGGGAGGUGUAUUCCUUGGCUCUGGCAAGUAAAACCAAUGCUGAUUCUUUAUCUCCAGGUCAUGGGGAUGACCUAAAUGACUUUAACCUGGAAGAUGCUCUGUAUGGUCUCACCACCAAACGACCGACUCCCAAGGCGCCCCGGAAGCCGGCAGGUGGGACAGACUUUGAUUUGGCCGAUUACUUUGACACCCCCUUGGAGACGACAACCAAACCAGCCAAGCCAACUGCUAAGCCCUUCCCUAAGAAGCCAGACAACAGCUUGUGGGAUGUCGUCCGCACCACCACAACCAAGAAACCAAAAACUACGAGGAGCCCCCCUCGACAUAACCCAGCAAAGGAUCCUAUGGAUUUCGACUUGGCCGAUGCCAUUGACAAGAACGACGGGAAAGGCGGGGACAGGCCGAACGUAAGGCCGGGCGAAGGUAUGUCAGCCUGCCCCUCGCCCCUUUCUUCCCUGCUUUCGACCAAAGUUUGA